CAGCUAUGAGUCUCUGCCACCAAGGCCAAGGGUCGGUCCCACUCCCGUGGCGACUGAGAAGAGAGAGACUUGCAGUGGGUGCGUGUGGUGCGAGGUUGGCCGGGUGCUCAAACAAUUGUCUGUCUCCUAAGCUGAUCGCGAGAAAUAAAAGGGGAAGAUGUCUGUGCUGAAGCUAGACGUACACAACCACAUCCUUCCGGAGAAGUGGCCUGACCUGCGGAAGCGCUACGGGUAUGGCGGCUUCAUUCAGCUGGACCACGCCUCCUGCACUACCAAAGGUAAAGCCAACAUGAUGAAGGAUGGACAGCUUUUCCGGGUGGUGGAUGAAAACUGCUGGAACGCCGAUGCUCGACUGCGGGAUAUGGAUCGCUCAGGGGUGACGGUGCAGGCUUUGUCCACUGUACCCGUCAUGUUCAGCUAUUGGGCCAAGCCAGAUGACACCCUCGACCUCAGCAGGAUACUGAACGAUGACCUGGCUGGGGUAGUGAGUCGCCACCCUCGCCGGUUUGUCGGCCUGGGCACCAUCCCCGCCCAGGCGCCUGACCUGGCAGUGGAAGAGCUGCGUCGCCUCAAGGCUGACCUUCGCUUCCCGGGCAUCCAGAUCGGCUCACAUGUCAACGACUGGAACCUGGAUGCCAAGGAGCUGCACCCCGUGUGGAAAACAUGCGAGGACCUUGAUCUGGCCGUGUUCGUGCACCCGUGGGACAUGCAGAUGGGUGGCCGCCAGAGCAAGUACUGGCUGCCCUGGCUAGUGGGAAUGCCCGCAGAGACAGCCACAGCCAUUUGUAGCAUAUUGAUGGGCAACGUGCUGGAGCAAUUUCCCAGACUAAAGAUCGGCUUUGCUCAUGGAGGCGGGUCGUUCCCGUACACGGUGGGCCGUAUCCAACAUGGGUACAACGUGCGGCCCGACCUGUGCGCCACGGCCUGCAGCAGCCCACCACGUUCAUUCCUCGGCAAGUUUUGGUGUGACAGCCUCGUUCACGACCCCGACGCCCUCCACCUCCUGCUUAAGGUGAUGGGCGAGGACCGUGUUGUGCUAGGCACUGACUACCCCUUCCCACUGGGCGAGCACCACCCCGGUGACCUUAUCCAGAGUACAGACUUACCUGACGCUGUCAAGAAAAAACUCCUCUACCAUAACGCCCUGGAAUUCUUGAGCCUCCAGCCGUCGAAGUUUGAAUAGUUGGAAAAACACUGAGCUAGUUGAUAGAAACUUAUCUAAUUUCUUUUGAAAUAACGUUGCUAAUAGUAGGACUUCACGUAUAUGAUUUACAAGAUAUCUUUUUUGUGUUUUUGUGUGCCAUAAUUCCUCCAUUUAAAAGAGAGGAUGAUGAUAACAAUAAAAAGCUGAAAGUAAA